GAGUUGGCAAGUGUCUGGGAGGAGCGGAAGGUUGUUUAAACUGAAAAAGACAGUUGCAAAACUUUGUACCACAGCAUGAGCUCCAAGCUUCAAACGCGUUCUCAUGCUCAGACGAGACUUUUAUUUUUCAUCAAGUUAUUUUUUAUAUUGUUUUGAAGCAGCUUUGAAUAAUAAACAAGUAUUCUGCUUUACAUUUUUUAAUGGUUUCUAAAUUCAUGGGAUAACCAAAGCAAGCCAGCCUCAUGUUUUGGGGGAAAGUCUGAUACCAGCAAUGCCUAGCAAAGAGCCAAAGAUGUUUGUCUUGCUCUAUGUUACAAGUUUCGCCAUUUGUGCAAGUGGACAACCUCGGGGUAAUCAGUUCAAAGGAGAGAGCAACUCCCCGAGAUAUAUCUGUAGCAUUCCUGGCUUACCUGGACCUCCAGGCCCCCCGGGAGCAAACGGUUCCCCUGGGCCCCAUGGUCGGAUCGGCCUUCCAGGACGAGAUGGGAGAGACGGCAGGAAAGGAGAGAAAGGUGAAAAGGGGGCUGCAGGUUUGAGAGGUAAAACUGGACCACUGGGCCUUGCUGGCGAGAAAGGAGACCAAGGAGAAACUGGGAAAAAAGGACCCAUUGGACCAGAGGGAGAAAAAGGAGAAAUUGGUCCAGCUGGGCCUCCUGGACCAAAGGGAGACAGAGGAGAGCAAGGGGACCCAGGGCUGCCUGGAGUUUGUAGAUGUGGAAGCAUCGUGCUCAAAUCUGCCUUUUCUGUUGGCAUCACCACCAGCUACCCAGAAGAAAGACUACCAAUUAUAUUUAACAAGGUCCUCUUCAAUGAAGGCCAGCACUACAACCCUGCAACGGGGAAGUUCAUCUGUGCUUUCCCCGGAAUCUAUUACUUUUCUUAUGAUAUCACUUUGGCAAAUAAGCAUCUGGCAAUUGGGCUGGUACACAAUGGACAGUACCGGAUAAAGACCUUCGACGCCAACACAGGAAACCACGACGUGGCUUCGGGGUCCACAGUCAUCUAUCUGCAGCCAGAAGAUGAAGUCUGGCUGGAGAUCUUCUUCACUGACCAGAACGGCCUGUUCUCGGACCCAGGUUGGGCGGACAGCUUGUUCUCCGGCUUUCUUCUAUAUGUUGACACAGAUUAUCUAGAUUCCAUAUCAGAAGAUGAUGAACUGUGACCAGGACAGCUGACUGAAAUGCUCCAGGAUCCUUGUGGGAGACACUUUGAUUUAAUCUGGGGCCCUGGAAGGUGGAGCAAGCAGAAACGAGAUCCAAAGAGACUCCCACUCAGAUUCCAGAGCAUUUACAGACAGUUCCAGCAGAAUCUAUUAUAACUAGAUGAACCACCAAAUUGUUGAAACCACACCAAAAUGAAUUAUAUAAAACAAUAACCCCAGAUAUGAAUUCUCUUGAAUGCAAUGUUCAUAAAUAUUUAAACAAAUGCAAGGCAAUGUUAACAAAUUUUCUGUUAAAUUCCCUGAGUGACAAAACCAGCUGGCAAUGAUAUUGUCUCAUUAAAUCUUUAUAAAAUUACAUUUUUGCCUGUUAUUUAAGAGAAUCAUAACAUCCCAAAGUCAUUGACAAUUCUCAAAAGGCUAUAGUUAGUCAAAAACCAAAGGUAAGAGAUGCUGAAUAAUUGCAAGCAAGCUAAAGUGAAGUGAUAAUUGUCUUUGUUUUACCAUUUAUUCCUUCAUGCUUGUAUAUAUUUACUCAACAACUCUUUAAUAAGCCUGUAUGAACCAGACACUGAUACUGGGUCAGAUUUAAUGAGCUAAGAUAAAAAUUCCUACCUCAUACAGGCUAGUGUGUGAUGCGCAUACUGUCACAAUUCUGUGUGAUGAGCACUAAGACAAACAAAUGAACUUGAUGGGAACCAGAGAAAACAUGGAAAACGAUUAGGUGGGUCUAAGGAGGUGGGAGGGAUGCAAAGGAAACAAGAAAUUCAGCAGUGGCAUUCUCCCUGUCCCAUCCUCCAAACACCACUAGUAUUUGCAAUCAGGAAUGGGUGAAAAACCUGGAGAGAGAGGCACCCUGGAGACCUGGGAAGGGUAAUGGAAAUGAAGAUAAACAACUUACUGAGACCAGCCAGUAGGUCAGUCUCCUAAAUCCUUCAGCAUAAUAGUUUCCCAAGACAAAUAUUUGUAAUCUUAGCUUUCUCACAAAUAAGGGAAUUAUUUUACAUUGUGGUAACACAUUGUGUCUCACGGACUCUCUAGGUAAUGAAUUCAAAUAAAGCAAAGCAUAUGUCCACUGAUUUGUGAGUGAGCAGAUGGGAGGAGUGAACAAGAGAACGAGGGAGAGAGACCAGACGUCUGAGCAAAUAGCUGUGCCUUCCAAGUCUCACACCUCCUUUAGUCUAGCACUCUCUUAGUGUCAGCCUCUUGCUCCCCACUGAACUGCAAAUCGUCCAUUCAUCUCACCCAUAAUUCUGUGACCUGCCACUUCCUUGGCUGAUACUAGUAGUAUCCCCUUACUCUCUCCUUUUUGAUAUCUUCUAAUCCAUGCAUUCCUCUCUCUGCUCAUUCAUUUAAUAAAUAGUUUAAAUGCCUCUUAUGUGGGAGUCAACACAGUGGAUUCUGUGAAGGCGGUGGAACACCAAGGAAUACCACACAGCUCCUGCCGUCAACUUUCAAAGGAUACAAGAAAGGAAAUGACAUGCACACACAGACAAAAUACCUAGAAUUCUGGAAACAAACAUGCUAAACUAUGCUAAGUGCUAAACGAGAUACAGACAAAAUGCUGUGGAAGAAAUGUUGGGGAGGGAAUUGUUUACUCCCAAAAUAGGGGGUGAGAGAAGACAGCUAGGGAAAUCUCUGUUCCCUGGGCCUCAAGUGAUGGAUAGGACUUGGAGUAGCCAAAGUGGGGGAAGGCACUUGAAACAGAGGUAAUAAUGGUUCCAAGCAUAAAAGUGAGAACAGAGACCCAGAAAAGGAAUCCAUGGGCCACAUUUGCAAGAGCCUUGAAUGACAAGCUGAGGGUUGGCAACUUGAUUCAUGAGAAAAUGUGGAGCCCCUGUGUGUUCCAGAGCUGGGUACUGACAUUAUUGGAGGUGGAAUCCAUAAUUAUCAAGCACCUACAUGUAACGGCAAUUCUUGCCUCUCCCAUCUUCCAGACCUAGCUUGCUUCCAUCAGCUUCCUCUGACCCCUAUCCUUUGUCCACUGGUUCCUCUCAUUCUGAGUCAAGACAUGGAUCUGGAAGACCAAGGGCAAUGAACAUUAGACAAAAAAGACAGAGCAACGGUGGUUUGAGCUCAUCAGCUGCCUCUAGAUAACAGCUGAACCUGGAAUUCCAGGCUCUAAAAUGUGAAGAACAGCCAACAGAAGAAGGAAACAUGAAAAUAUGGGCCCUUUGAAGAUUAUGGGAUUUGCUGGAGAAACUGGAAUAGAGAAGUUAUUAUAGAUAUCCAUGACUCACAAGAUUAUUAUGUAAUUUAAAUUUUCUUCUGAUCCUGAUCCAUUAAUGCAUUCAUUUUUUGGACAUUGUGUACUUGUUUGUCUUUUAAAUGUUUCUUUCAUUAGAAAACCUAUGUUAAGUAGCUUUUUAAACCAAAAUUUCUUAAGCUGGUUCUAGGCCCACAGAUGAAUUUUAUUUUGGAAUAUCUGGUGAGAUGGUGAUGGG